CCCUGGAUUACCAGCACAGCACACCAUCACAUUCUCUGCUUUAGAUCAUCCCAACUACCCCAAGAACCCAGAUAUCCACAAUCUGAUAAGAAAAAAAAAAGAAGAAGAAAAACGAAACAAUGGCCGACAAACUCCGCACCCUCCAAAACCUCGAGGCCAUGCAAGCCCGCUACGUCGGAACCGGACACGCCGACACCACGAAAUACGAAUGGGUGUCGAAUAUCGUGCGGGACAGCUACGCAUCCUAUAUCGGGCAUCCGGCCAUGCUGUCGUAUAUGUCUGUGGGGAUGGGCGAGCCGAAGGAGAAAGUCCGUGCGGCGAUGUUGGAGAAGAUGGUUCGGGGGGCUGGUAAUCCGCCUGAGACGCAGGAGUGAUUUGCGUUUCCUGGGAUGCAUGAUUGAUUGAUUGAUUGAUUCAUGAAUGGAUGGAUGGAUGGAUGGAUGGAUAGCCUCGCGUUUCCCUCGGGUCCUCCGGUUAUGAUAUUCGUUAGAUGAGGAUCAUGUUGGAUAAUUGCCCAGAUGGCGGAGAGUGAAUGCGCCCAGGCGCACAUGCUCCAUGUGGUUGCAGGCCAGCCACUGCUUAGGAUCACCACGAGGCAUUGCAAUCAAGGAUCGAGCUCUAUCCCUGCUGUGUGUGGACUGAACUCCCUGAUGCGUACGAAUUGCUUAUCGUUCUUUGGUCGUUGGGAUGAAUACACCAGGGACGGAUUGUACUUUUAUUGAAUGAUCCAUAAUUCAACUAUUUUUACAUCUCAAGUUCCCAGAUCAAGAUCAGUUUCAUAAGUCA